AUGUUAGGCGAGCAAAACGCUGCCGAAGCGAGGCCUGCCAAUGCCCCUUCAAAAGCACUCGUAGCUGGCUAUGCAGAGGUUUUUAUCACGUCUGGUUUCUGCGUCUUAGACUCACUUUUGGCUCUAAUCGGCGCUGUAGAGGGUCUUAGCGUUGUCAUCGGGUUCCGGGGACAGACUUUGCUGCUGGUCUUGGGCCUCUAUGUCGUGAGCCGGCGGUUGGCGAGCUCCGCUCCGGUUCUGGGCGUUGGGGUGGGUCUCGCGAACCCGGAACUCCAGGAGCUGGAGAACAGGAUCACUCAGAGCAAGGUCUUCGUGGUGUCAAAGCAAUGGUGCCCUUUCUGCCAGCGUUUGAAGUCUGUGCUGGGCGAAAUUGGCGUCGCCGCGGAGGUGCUAGAGCUUGAGGACAUGAACAAGAAGCCGCUGGUUAAGGACGAAGCAGCCGUCCUGGACUACAUGCAACAGAGGACUGGCGCUCGCUCCGUGCCGCGGCUUUUUAUAGCCGGCAAGUUCAUCGGUGGUUGUGAUGAUGCCGUGACCAUGGCAAGCUCCGGAGAGCUACAGAAGCGACUGAAGGAGGCUGGGGCUUUGUGA